UCCCCCAAAGCUCUAUUCCUCAUCUCCACCACCACACAAGAAUAACUAGCAUCACCACAAUUAUCACCACCGAGGGUCUACCACCACCGUCACCAAGCUUGGCAUCGUAAAGCAAGAAUUCAUACUUGGGGCCGAGAAGAAACGUUUAGAUAGACACAUCUUGAUACUUUCUGGAAUGAAAAUCUCAUUUUGCAGCAUAAACUGAGAUGUCCAACAUACCAACUUCUCUUUCUGAAGUAUGUCUUACUCAAUCUCGUUUAACCAUGUCCGUAGCAGACCCAUGGCCCUUUUCUUGAACCUCAUCACACUCUAAAUAAGCUCCCCUCUACCUCUUACAACCUCAAAAAGCACCCCUCUUUUUUGUUCUCUUGUACUGUUAAUAUAACAAAUUAUGAGAAAGAUAAGAGGUUUCAAGAUUGGCAAACGGUUAGUCCGGAUCUCCACAUGGAUCUUCCGUCGGACCCGGAUCCACCCACCGGGUUACAACCUUUUAGGCCAAUCAGAAUCAACAUGCAGGUCCAAGCCAAAGUCCAUAUCGAAAAUCAUCAACUGGGGUCGUCGUUUAACAAAAGGAGCUAAAUCACUUUGCGGUGCAAAACCAGGGUCGGGUUACAUACCCAUGGGUCAUCAACUGGUUUGCGAUAAACCGGUUACUGUACCAAAAGGGCAUUUGGCUGUUUACGUUGGUCAAAAAGACGGCGACUUUCAUAGAGUUUUGGUGCCUGUGAUUUAUUUUAAUCAUCCUUUGUUUGGUGAGUUAUUAAGAGAAGCCGAAGAGGAAUAUGGGUUUAAUCAACAAGGUGGGAUUACCAUUCCUUGCCGAUUCUCGGAGUUUGAGAGUGUCCAAACCCGUAUUAAAGCUGGGUCUGGAGGGAAGCCGACGUGGAAACGUAACCACUAUUGAGGAAGUGGGGUUUUUCCCCCUAGUGAUGUCGAUGAUGACGAUAAUGCUGUUUAGAUGAUGAUUAUGUAUGGAAUUUUUAUUUAGGUAGUAGUUUACUUCUUUUUUUU